UUCAAAGAAGAUGAUGUAUUUGAAGCAUUAUUUAAUUUGGGCCAAGAAGAGCUGGGAUGCUUGGCAGACAGAAAUAAACCUGGAGCCAAGGUGAGAGUAAUUCCUUUGGAACUACAGCGACUCUUUGUUCAGCUUUUGCUUGUUGAUCAGCAGGCUGCUUCUACUACAGAUCUCACAGAUAGCUUUGGAUGGACCAGCAAAGAGGAAUCAAAUCAACAUGAUGUACAGGAGCUAAAUCGAAUUCUCUUCAGUGCUUUAGAAUGCUCACUUAUUUCUACUUUAGGAAAUGAUCUUAUUAACAAACUAUAUCAUGGAAUAGUAGUCAACCAAAUAAUUUGCAAAGAAUGUGGAAAUCUCAGUGAAAGACAGGAAGAUUUUUUGGAUUUAACAGUGGCUGUUAAAGGAGUGCACAGCCUGGAAGAGGCACUUUAUAGUAUGUUUGUGGAGGAGGAGCUCUUUGAUGGUAAUAAUCGGUAUCGAUGUAGUGGCUGUAACAAUUUGGUCAGAGCUACAAAGUCUGCCAAACUGCGACAUUUGCCUCCUUUUCUCACUGUGUCUCUAUUAAGGUUUAAUUUUGAUUUUGCCAAAUGUGAAAGAUACAAGGAGACUGGAAAAUACACAUUCCCUUUAAAAAUCAACCUCAAACCUUUUUCUGAACAGGUGGACCAAGCAAUUGCUGAUUAUGACUAUGAGCUUUUUUCUGUAAUUAUACAUAAAGGUGGCUGUUAUGGUGGUCAUUACCAUGUUUAUAUCAGAGAUGUUGAUGAAUUAGGAAACUGGCAGUCUCCGGGAGAAGUGAAACCUAAACCCAAAAUGUCUCUCAAGGAGAUGAAAAUAAAUGGUCUUCUAGACUUGGAUGAUCCUCUGUCCAUAAUUAAAACUAUACUAGCUAAGGAAGAGGGCAGUGGUGUCAGGACUGAUCAGCUAGGGCAGAAACUUCUUGAACAAGUUGGAAUUUCAUGGAAUAAAAAGUAUCGGAAACGAUUUGGGUCAAUAUGGAAGUUUAUACAACAGAACCCUGAUGUAUUCUACAUGGAUUCUGAUGGAAGCACAGUUCACUUAAAAUGCAACAAGGAACCAGGACUGGAUUCUGAUGAUCAGACACUUCUGUCAUCAGAGUUGCUUACUUGUACAAACAUGAGUUGUGAAGGUCAUUGGUUUGAUUUCAAUGAUUCUGUAGUUCUGCCAAUUCAAAUAAAAGAUAUUCAGAAACAGUUUGAGGGCAAAGAAAGUGCCUACAUGCUUUUCUACAGAAAAUCAUGCCUAAAGAGACCUUCAGAUGCAAGACAAAAUCCAAAGUUCAAAGUUCCUGCACAUUUAAUAGAAGAAACAGAACAAGAAAAUAUGAAGCUCCAAAAAUUGAGAGCAGACUUUGAUUUAGCAAAAAACUUGAUUGAAAUUCAUGUACACCAGGGAAGCAAAUACCACUUUUUCAAUGGAGCUUUACAUCCAUAUGAUCAGAUUACCAGCAUUCUUAAUCUUCAUUUUGACAAAAGGAAAACGGUCAGAGACCUAAGAGAAGUUAUAUAUCAGCAACUGGGAUCAAAGGAUGAUGGUUCAGAACUUACAUUCGCAAAGAGACUACCUGCUGGGCUACAUCUCUAUGACCACUUAACUGAUGAUAAUGAAUCUAUUAGUAAUGUAGGAAUUAAGCAAGGAUCUGAUCUGUUUUUGUGGAAUGGAAAAGAGGUCAAUGGUGUAACCUUGAAGAUGGGCAUAGAGUUUGAGCCAGUGUUGCUAAAUAUCAUUUGUCUUAAUGAGAGUAAAGAAAUAACUGGAGGUGCUACAGAGUUUAAGGAGACACAACAAUGUUUUGCUAGGGACACAUUGUUGCAUGAUGCUUGUGAGGCUGUUAUCCAGGUGGAGCUUUCAAAAGAAUUUAAUAUAUAUCAUCAGCGCAAGGGUCAGAAAUUUCACAGUAACAAGUGGACUAAGUACUCUGCAACUGACUUCCUUAAAACCAUCUCAGAUUUGUCACUUGAAGAUGGAGACUCCAUUUUAGUUGUCAAUCCACAUAAUGGUGAUUCUUGUCUCUUAAAGCAGUCUGGAAAUGAACUUACCUUAGUGUUAGAAUCAGAGUGGCUAGAAGUAGAAUACUUUCCAAACAGAAAAUCCUCUCAGAAUGAGAAGAAAACAGUCAAGGUUCCUGCUGAUGAACGAACGUUGUUGUCUGAAAUUAAGCUUAAAGCUAUUGAAGAACUUGAGCUGGAAAUUAGUCUUGAAAGUAAAAGCUGUCUGAGGCAGAUUGACAGAAAUGGAAAGCUCUUGCCCCCAGUGCGUGAUGAUGCUACUGUAAAUGAAGCAGGUGUGAAAUUAAAAAGCACUUUGGCACUUUGUCCUGGAUGUGCACCAACAUCAACUCAGAUUUUCCUUUAUUACAUUGUGGGAGCAGAUCCUCAAACAGAAAUGGAAAUCAUGGUUGAAGAAAGUACCACAGUCAAGGAGUGCCUAAAGAUGCUGUUGGAUUUGACAGGUUUGAAAGGGGAUUGUUGGCAUUUGAGAAAAGUAGACUGGUGCUAUGAAGCCGGAGAACCACUAAACCAAGAGGAUGCAGUGCUAAAAGAUGUCAACCUAUUAAGUGGCGAUACUUUAGUCAUUGUUGAAGGAAAGCUACCUCCUAAGGGUUUUCUGAAAUUGCCUGUUUGGAUAUAUCCUAUGCAAAGUUACUAUUCGAUGGUUGAUCAAGAUUAUCAGACAGAUGAAAUUUCCUACCAGAUAUCUAAAUUGAACAUUUCUGUCUCUGAUGUAUGUGAGGGAGAGCUUCAGUAUUCUGGGGAAAUGGAAAUAUCAAAUGAAGCUACUCUAGAAGAUCUUAAAAUACAGGCAAUGACCUUGCCAUAUCUCCACAAUAUUUCUGUACCAUCAGCUGAGUUCUUGAGAGCAUGGAUUCUGGAAAAGAAACGCCCAACCAAAAUCUUGAAAGGAAACCAUAAUAGACUUAAGAAACUUAAUAUUGAAAGUGGAUCAGAUAUUUGUAUUCAGCUUCUGAAGAAGGAAGAAAAUUUAGGGUCUAAGGAGCUCUUGCUGAAAGUUCAGAUGUCUGUUCCAGGGGAGAAGCAGUACUAUCCUGCAGAGGAUUUAAUCUGGGACACUACCAAAGAAUGCACAGCCCUAGCAUUACGACAAAGAAUUGCAUCGCAUUUUUCACUGUCAUUAGACCAGAUUGAUAUCGCUAAAUAUUUUCCAGAAAAAUUUGAAUGGAUGGUUAUUUCCAGCUGGACCCAGCAGGUUUCAAAGCGUAAAAAGAGGAAAAAUAAACAAUGCUUACAGGAAUCACCAUUUUACUUGAAAGAUGGAGACAUUAUUGGUGUCAAGAAUUUGCUUGUUGAUAGCAAUAAAGAAUUCAGCACAUGGAAAGAUGACUUUGGCAAGGAGAAAAUCAAGCAAGAUACAGAGGAUAAAAAGAAAAGGGGGCAGGGGGUCCUUUUUGAAAAUGAGAAGACUAGCACUGAAAAGAAGCCCUAUUCCCGAUGCAGAAAACCUGAAGCAACCCUUUCUAUAAAUGUUGGGGUCUUCAGAUGACAAUGGCAAUGUUACCAGUCCCUUUGAUUUAAUACUGUAUUUUUAAAUUAUAUUUCACUGUGCAGUUAUUGAUUCAAACGAGUAAAAGUUAUUAAUGUAUUUUCAAGUAAAAUUUGCCAAGUUGUGUAUUAAGCUGCUUUUCAGUACAUAAGAUGACACUGAUCACUUCAGAUUUUAUAAAUAUUUUUAUUUUAACAGAAUCUAAACAGGUUUUGAAGAAAAAAGUAAGGAGCAUAAUCAUAAUUAAGCAGUUUAAAAAGAAUAAAGUGAAUUGGGUUUUUGUUUUGUUGCUGCUACAUAUAUACUGUGUUUUGCAAUAUUCUGCCCCCCAUAAUGUAAAUGCUUUAUUGUAUAUAGGAAUGUCUAUCAUGUAUUAUAAUUAAAUGUAGUGAUUUUGUUAUUUUAUGUAUAAAUGAAUAUAUGCAUUUUUCUUAUGUUAAGGUUUUAUUUCAAAUAUUUGACUUCUCAGGACAAUUCUUAUUACAGUUUGUAAACAGUUUAAUCCUUUUGAUGUAGAUAUUUGUGAAUGGACAACAAUGAACCUUACUCAAGAUAGAUUUGCAAUUUUGGCAUUCGAGUGCAAUGAACUGAUGCAAAAAUAAAUUGUACUUACUUUGAUUAAACAAUUUUGUUUAGAAACCCUCCAGUGUUAAAAAUAUGUUCUCAGGUAUGCAUAAUUCAUUUCAGAAAGUAUAAGUAUUUGCACUUUUUUUUUUCCACUAAGACCAAAAGUGUUACUUAACCAUACUGAUUUCACACACAGUGCUUCUGAACUCGGCAGUCACCUUUUUUAAACUCUGGUGGCAGUACUGCUGAAUUUUAAGACUAGAUUUUCUCAUCUUAACUUUUAUAAUACCAAGCCAAUGUGUGUUUUAAUAACUUACAAACUUUAAA